AUGAAACGCGCUUGGGCUUCCUUCCUUACCACCGAACCCGCAGCAAUGAGUCGACGAUCAGUAUGUCUUAUAUGGAUAUAUAUAACUGCAUUCGUUCUCUUGCAGUCUGCCACGUUGACGGCAGCUGCGAAAUUUUGUGCUGCCGAUUAUUAUGUUCAAGACUUGCCUGACUUGCAACCUGAUGUAACAGAAACAUUCAAAAUGCACGCAGGACACAUGCCUGUAGAUGAUGCAGGGAACUGGCAGCUAUUCUUUUGGCUGGUUCAGGCACGCAAUAACCUGCCAAAGGAUAAGCUCGUUAUCUGGCUAAAUGGAGGGCCUGGAUGCUCGAGCAUGGACGGAAUGUUCCUGGAAAACGGACCAUUUCGGGUGACCCCCGAAGGAAAAGUUGUUGUGAAUCCUUACAGUUGGAGUCAUAACGCAAAUAUUCUCUAUGUUGAUCAACCUGCCGGAACUGGCUUAGCUUACACCAAUGGGACUUACGCAACAAGUCAGGCGCAAAUUUACAUAACUGGGGAAAGCUAUGCUGGAAUGUACAUACCGUAUAUCGCGUCUGAGAUACUGAUGAGAAACAGGGCUAGCACUCAGAAGCCCCCUUUGCACCUACGAGGUAUUACGAUCGGAAAUGGAUGGAUGGAUCCACUGCGGCAGUAUCCAGCGUACAUUCAAUACGCUCAACACCACGGACUCCUUAGCGGGGAGUAUCUGGAAAUCGCGAUACGCAACUGGAAUUCUUGCAGUCCGUCUUUACAGAAGGACGAGGUGGCGAAAAAUGAUGAGUGUGAGAAAAUAGUGAAUCAGAUACUUCGUCAAUCAGAAACUGGGAACCAGUACUGCAUUAAUAUGUACGAUAUCCGACUGAGGGACACUGGUCCUAAUCAAUAUUGUGGAAUGGCUUGGCCCGACGGCCUAUCGGCUGUUACCCAGUAUUUACAUAGGAGCGAUGUCGUGGCAGCGUUACACGCCACUGCUGCACAUAAGGCAUGGCAAGAAUGCGACUCGUCUGUUAUGAAUGCAUUAGCCGCGGACAGAAGUGCUCCAUCAUAUAAGCUAUUACCGGAUUUAUUGUCGCAGAUCGAAGUGACCCUAUUCAGCGGCGAUCAAGAUCUCAUUUGUAAUUGGUUCGGCACUCGAGAUAUGAUUUCGGAGCUAGAGUGGAACGGUGGGAAGGGCUUUGAAGAUACUCCUAAAAUGGAUUGGUAUGUGGAUGACCAACUAGCGGGUUUCUAUCAAACGGCAGGGAAUCUUUCCUUUGUCGUUUUCUAUGAUGCCAGUCACAUGGUGCCCAUUGAUAAGCCCAAAGAAGCACUGGCGAUGUUUAAUGGCGCAAUUAGGGCCAAUAGUACCAUUAAAUCUGUUCUAACAAAGCCAGGAUUUUCGGAGACGGUGCGACAACAUUAUUAUGCCGGCGGAGUGCUAUUGGUGCUAAUGCUAUUAGGAACCAUGGCGUACGGUGCUUACCGGUUACGUGAUCGACUACCGUUCGUGAAGUCUGCAAUGCAGAAAGUUGGUAUGGAUACCAGAAGAAGUGCGGCCGGACAGAGUAGCUCUUGGCGUGAAGUGGAGGGCGGCGAUGAAGAGGCUCUUUUUAAUGCAGAGGACAUAGAGGAGGAACAUGACAUGCGACCGAUUAACCGAUGA